UACUGAGUGGGGGAGAGGGGGAGCUUGGCUCUCUGCAUUGGAACAGUCCUCUUUAAUGAGGCGAUUUUCUCACAGAGCUGAAGAGAGAGCCACAGAGAUCCAGCCGCCAGAGGAGACUGUAGGACCACGACGACGGGCGGCCGGGCAAGCUGUGCGUCAGCCGGUGCUCUACAGGGAAACAUGGAGAUGAGCAGGGGAUGCUGUGGAGGAAAACUGAACAGGAUCCUGUAGAUGGAUGCUACUUAAUCAAGCAGGCAACCUGAAGGCAACCCACGCAGAGGAUAAACCACUUAUGGACGGAGUGGAUUAAAGACCUACUGACAGAGAGAGGGGGGGGGACAGAAGAGGAGAAAUUAAUCAGUUGUUUAUUUUGUCUGUGUGUGCGCACUUUCUGUCAGAAAGAGCGUGUGCCUGCCUGCAUAUAUUAUAAGCCAGGAGACUGCAUUGCUGCUCUCCGGCUCCACAGGAGCAACGGAAGCAGGCGGCUGAAUAUAUGAUGUGUUUUCUCCUCUCUCCCUGAAUGCAUGUUUCAUGGCAGCAUAGGCAGAGACACAAGAACGUCAGGAGAAGAUCUGACGGGAGUCGCAGAGCCCAGCUUUUGUUCUUGUUAUCACUGAAGAUAAAAUCAUCUCAGUGGAGGAGAGUCGAUACCUGUCUGUCUGCUGGGCCUCGCUACUGAUCAGGGUGGUGUUUAUGCUUGAGGUCUGCCAGGGAAACUUCUCGGCUUUGCCCCCCAGAGAGGUGGAGGCAUUAUCAGGUAGGAGGCAGCAGAACGGGUGGGCCCAAGCGAGAAGUAAGAGAGUAGGAGGAAGAGUUGUGUGUGUCUUUGUCAUAAUCUGUGUAGGCAGGUUGCUUGGAGGCUGGUGGAGCCGGCUGAUGGUUGAAACUCCGGCUGAAAAGGGGUAAUGGCAGCUCAGGCUCCCCUCUCAUCCUCUGUCACCUGCCUGAGGCGCAAAAAAGCAGAAAAGUGCUAACCAAAGCUGUUUAGAGCCCACCAAGAGGAUGGUGUGAGGAGCCCCCCGUCCCACCUUUCCAGAAAACCCUAUAAUAUCUGCAGGGGUCCUGUUCUCCUGCACCCGUCUUCACCUUCAUCAACUCUGAGCUUGUUGACAUCAGAAGCAGCGUUUCUUGGUCUGUGUGGGAGUCGUCCUCCCACUCCUCCCUCCCUCUCACUCCUAGCCCAGAGACUCAGCUUCAUGGACUGUCUCUAGCACCAAACUGCCCGUCCUUUUCCUCCCUUUCUUUUCUUUUUCUUUUCUUUUUCUUUUUGUUGAGGCUUCAGGGGAAUUGCCAAGACCAGUUUCAUGCAUGUCCACUGGCGGCAGGUUCAACUUUGACGAUGGGGGGUCAUAUUGUGGAGGGUGGGAAGAGGGCAAGGCGCACGGCUAUGGGAUCUGUACCGGACCGAAGGGCCAGGGCGAGUACUGCGGCUCCUGGGCCCAUGGCUUUGAACUGUUGGGGGUCUACACGUGGCCCAGCGGGAACACCUACCAGGGCACCUGGGCUCAGGGAAAGAGACAUGGUGUGGGCAUUGAGAACAAAGGCCGUUGGGUGUACAAGGGGGAGUGGACGCAUGGCUUUAAAGGACGCUAUGGCCUACGGGAAAGCACGGGGACGAGCGGGAAGUAUGAAGGCACCUGGAACAACGGGCUACAGGAUGGAUAUGGAACGGAGACGUACUCGGACGGAGGUACGUUUCAAGGCCAGUGGGUUGGCGGGAUGCGCCAUGGCUACGGCGUCCGCCAGAGCGUCCCGUACGGCAUGGCAGCCGUCAUUCGCUCCCCUCUGCGAACCUCCAUAAACUCUCUCCGCUCUGGUUCGGAGCACAGCAACGGCACAGCUCUGCUGGAUCGAACGGGGGCCAUAGUUCCCGGUCCCCCGACGGUUCCCGGGACGUUGACUACCAGCGUCUCCAUGUGCAGCACGGGGAGCAGUGGCAGCAGCCCCGCCGUAUCCCGCGGGGGGUUCGUGCUGACGGCCCACAGUGAGGCCGAGCUGCUGAAGGGCAAGAGGAAAAGCGGGCUGUUCCGCAGGUCCAUCCUGUCUGGACUCAAGCUGAGGAAGUCGGAGUCCAGGAGCUCCCUGGCCUCGCAGAGGUCCAAACAGAGCUCGUUCAGGAGCGAGGCAGGGAUGAGCACAGUGUCCUCUGCUGCGUCUGAUGUCAACUCAACCAUCAGCCUUGGAGAUGCAGAUGCAGAGUUGGCCGUCGCUGACGAUGACGUGGACGCCACUACAACAGAGACCUACUGUGGGGAGUGGAAGAACGACAAGCGGACUGGUUUCGGAGUGAGUCGGCGCUCAGACGGGCUCCAGUACGAAGGCGAGUGGCUCAGCAACAAAAGGCACGGCUACGGCUGCACCACAUUUCCUGAUGGAACCAAAGAGGAAGGAAAGUACAAGCAGAACAUCCUGGUGAGCGGGAAAAGGAAGAACCUGAUCCCGUUACGUGCCAGUAAGAUAAGGGAAAAGGUGGACCGGGCCGUGGAGGGGGCGCAAAAGGCGGCAGACAUCGCACGACAGAAGGCUGAGAUUGCUUUGUCUAGGACGGCUCACGCACAGGGUAAAGCAGAGGCGGCAGUCGCUGCAGCUCAGAAAGCCCAAGAGGAGAGUCGCAUGGCAAGAGUCACCGCCAAGCAGUUCUCGCCUUCCUUCCAACACCCUGGAAACGGUAUGGAGGUGCAGCGUCCCAAACGUCAGGUGUCCAGUGAGGUGGAGGGUGAGGGCCUCUCGAGCAGCGCUGGUACAGCUGAGAGUCCUGACCUCUACAUGAAGAGCGUGGGCUCUGACGACCCCUCGAUUGACGCUGUGACACCUGAUCUAAGCCCACCCUCCUCUUCUCCGCCCCACACGCCCCCUCCGCCUGCUCGGCCAUCCCAGCGCAGCAAGAGCGCCCGUUUUCACCGUCAGACUGCUGUGGAUCAUGGAGAAAAGGGGAAAGAGGGAGCGGACAGAGGGGAAAAAAGUGUGGGUGGAGGUCAAUUAGAGAUUCAGGUAUGGAUGGAAGGAGGAAGUGGGGGAGGGGAUGGAGGAGGGAAGGGGGAGUACACCCGGGCUAACAGCUGGAGUGAGGACAAGAAGAGGGGAGUCUUUCCAAAAGGAGGCAGUGGGGUCAGUGGCCGUGGAACGAGCCGGACCAAUGGACACAAACAUAGCUCCUCCAAUCACAAAUCCCGGGAACAUGGCUCGUCCAAUCACAGACAAGCUAGGGGGGAUAUGUGGACAGAGUCAUCCUCAUCUGCCACUUGGACAUCUGGGCACAGGGGUGUGCACGGAAGGGGCGGUCGGCUACUGGAGCAGGAUGAGGAGAAAAUUAGCAACUAUGAGAUGGAAAUGAAACCUUUACAGCCCAGAGCCUCCAUUACCCACAAGCCCCAUGGGCAUGGGGAGGACAGGCACGGGGAGGAGCUAUCACACGGUACAACUCGGCAGAGGAAUAAGAACCGAGAUAGUAGAGAUGGAGGAAAGGACUCAUUGCACAAGCUGGACAGACUGGGAGAAAAGGUGGAUUCGCGGCCUCUGCGCAGGGACCUCACCCUUUCCCCCCCAUUGAAAUCCUCUCCCAUCAUACCAGAGCGGCAGGACAACAGUCUAACGCAAAGCAAAGGCAACACGGCCUACAGCUCCAUCCUGGUUGUCAUGGUGAUUCUGCUCAACAUUGCAGUGGCUAUUUUGUUUAUACACUUUUUUAUUUAAAGACAGCACUGCUUCAAGAGUCAACUAUGCUAAAACAGCUAUCAAUUCUUCUGAGUAUUAGGGCCAAUCUGCUGCCCCUGUCUGCGCCCAGAGAUGGAGGAUGAGGACCCAGGAGGGCUCUGAGCUCAGUCCCGCUCCUUUGGAACCACAAAGAAGACCAAGGAACGGUCCAAAAAGCUGGGCUACAAGGACGAAAUGCUGUCCAGAACCUGGACUUGAGUGAGCGUAGACAGCUCCAAACAAGUAGGCUGAGUCGAUCUGGCUCUUCGACCGGCGAGCGUGCAGACAGAACUGAUGAACUUUUUCAUUUCAAAUCAUAGUUUUCAACAGAUUUGUAUCUUCUGGUUUAUUUAUGGAUGUUUCCUCUCAAGUACAAUAUGUUGAUGGCUCUAUUCUUUAUUUUUUAACCUCUUUGUAAAACUCCAGCCUUUUUGUUUUUGGUACCUCCUGCAGCCCGGCUGUUGUUAUUGAUGGUUCACAUUCAGCUGGCUAAUAGGAGAGGGCGCUCCAUCUCCAGGUCUCCUCCUUUCUCAUCCCGUGCAGGUUUUGCUGUUUCUGUAUCGCCGUGUUUUUUCGCGAGCGUUUUCAGAGCAGCUUGGUCACCGAUUAGGCUCUUCGCAUCCAGCGUCCUGCCUGCAAGCAUCAGCCGUGCGCACCCCGUCUCUUCCUCCCACUCCCACCUCCACACACAUGCACACCAGUCGAGGACAGAGCUUCCUCUGAGCUGGAGGUUGUUGGAAGCAGGUCAUCCUUAGUGAAACCCUGCGCCUACUCUACCAACGCAAAGGUGGCUGCAAAGGCGGAGAGAUUUAGGAAAUUAGCAUCUAUGAUAUGGCGAGAUCAGUUAAAAUAACUAUUUUAAUGCAAAUCCAUUUAAAUGCAACGGCGCAUGCACUGACACGUCUUUGUUGAGUCUAAAAGCAUAACUGAAAUGCUUGAGGAGUAGGGGUGUAACGAUUAAUCAACUUAAUCUGCGAAUCGAUUUCUAUUCCUACAAUCCAACUGGACUGAUCUGUCUGAGAGAAGUUGUUAAUCAAAUCGACCUACACUAUUCUGAAAUCAUUUCUAAAUGAAAUCAAUCCAUGAUAUCAAUCUUGGAAAAUACCAUUUGGAUUGAGACACUAAAGGUUUAUUUUACUUUAAAGUAAAAACAAUCAAGUGCCAUUACAGCGGACAACAUUCACAUGAUGGCAGCAAAAACUGAUUAGCCCAUCAUUCCAGUCCAAUGUGUGGAAACACUUUGAAUUUAAUAUACAGUGUGAUAGAAUGUUCUAAUAAUGUUCCCUUUGCAUUCUUUUGAUGUGGAAAAUCAACAGCGGGCUGAACUUUAGUAAACUAAAACUUGAAUGUAUUUGUCAUUAAUUCUUGUUUACUUGUUUAUUUGUAUAUAUAUUUAAUUUGCACUUGAUUACCUUGCAAGAUAUACAAGGAAUCCGGAAAACUACACAUGCACUGGUCAGUACCAGGUAUUUCUUUCUGAGCCAUCUUGUUUGAAUUUUUUGGCUAAAAGAUGUCCUGGAUCGAUUUUAAGUUAGUGAAUCAGAUCAUUCAAAAUGAAUUAACAUCAACAGAAAAUGUAAUAAAUGAAUACAUGAUUUAAAAAAAACAUUAAAAAAGGGGUUUAUACAAAUAUACACCCUGUCUAUCCAAGGAUACAUAACCCCCUAUUGUAAUAGUAAAACCGGUCCAAAACAAAAGGCUUUCAGCUCUCAUCUGUUUGCUCAGUUGUUGGACAGGACAAGUUAGAAGAGAAAAAAAUAUUUUUUUAAUUCGACUAUGAAUCGUAUCAGCAACCACACAUUAAGAUAUUAUUAAAAUGAAUCGUUACACCCCUAUUUAGGAACAACAGCCCAGCAAGUUUUGUAUUGUUCACAUCCCCCAACAUCAAAAUGCAAUCAUAGGUGCUCCUGUCUCUUUUUUUGUAACUCACAUGGUUGACCAGCCGCCGUGUCCGUUGCCAUCGGUAACAACCUCAUGGACAGCUGGCAAGUUUUUCCCUUUUUUUUUUGGUGAGUAAGAUGGCUCAUUUGUGGUGCAUCUUUACCUUACUGCAGCAGUCCAAGGUGCCUGCAACCUCACGCGUACAUGUUCUUGAUCUCAUGGUGGGUUGCAAACUGAAACUGGUCCAAGAGGGUCUGCUGUGUGCCAUCCAGGUGGUGAGGAUGCUGUGCACCACUCUAUUCAUCUGCAGCAUGCUACAGCAUGCCGAGCUCUCCUUAUAGUUUGUAUCUCCUCUCUCUUUUUCUUUCUUCCUUUCUUUCUUGGAAACACUGUUUUGUUUUUCAGUUGUGUGGAGAAAAUAAUGAAAGUGUUUCAAAGAAAACCCCCUUCUCCUCCUUGUUGUUUUUUUCUCUCUCUUUUCUAUAUAUCUAAGUUGUUUUCCAACUUUGCACGUGAAGUUGUGCAUAAUCUCUGAUGCAGAGGAGUGGGUUGCCAUAGCGACACUUGUUUGUGUCGAUACAAGGGCGAUAUUUUGACAGAGUUUAAUGUAGAAAGUGAAUCAUGCAGAGAAUGAAUUGUAAAAAAAUAAUUACAAAAAUAUUUUUUUAAAUGAUAAAGAUGGUUUUUCAUAGCGAAAAUGGCAUCAGGUGUUCCAGUACGAAAUUUGGCGCCACCUUUUGGACCUUUUGAGAACUAAAAAAAACUGAUUAAAGUGUUUUUGUUUUCAAUGAAAAUAAUUAUGACACACACAAAUACACACAUAUAAGAGUGAUUUAAAGCAUUCUACGAAUACUUGUAUUUUUCCCCCAAUAAUUUUAUAAAACAAAUUUAACACUAGAGUCAAACUGGAUUGGUAUAAAAAGUGCUGGCUAAGUUAGUUGGCUAAAAAAAGUGUAAUUAGUAGAGUCCAGAUGUGUCAUAACAAUGACAACUCAACUGGCACACUUACGAAAGCAAUAGAAAAGAUGUGAAGCUUUCAGGCAGUGGAAAUCCAUCUGAACAAAUCAGGAAGCUUGACUUAAUAACGGACAGGUGUUUAAGCCAAUCAGAACAGAGAGUUUCAUGCGAUGGGCUGGUCUUUUCCGUCAUAGCAGUUAAUGUUAAACACAGCUGUUUUGGGGGUGUUUUUAGGCUUAAUGUGGGACCCAUUCAGCUGCCAUUUACUAAAAGUUUAUUCAUACGAGCUGUCUUCAGGUAAGACUUUUCUGCCCGCAGCUGCGGCUUCUUCUCGGGAAAGUUUUGAUGUCAGCCGCCGUAAACAGGAGCUCCGGGCUGUUUUUACAGUAAAAAAAAAAAAAAAAAAA